AGGACAAAUUUGUAAAAAAAAAAGUUUUAUCAAUUUUUGCCUCGACUAGAGACGAAGUUAAAGUCAAGUCAUUCAGAAACACUACUAACACUUGUUGAACAUCGCCAUGGACUCGUAUUGCUUCCACUCCGUCGCAUCUUUUCUUCUCCUCGCUUCUACCGCAUCUUCCCUUUCAUUUUCAAACCCUUCUCUUCUCGGCGUUCAUCCUCUAGAUGUGAAAUAUUAUACCUCCGAGUUCAUCAAAUGCAAAGAUGGAUCAAAAUCCUUCUCUAGAGACCGUCUUAAUGACAAUUUCUGUGAUUGCCAUGAUGGCACUGAUGAACCUGGAACUUCAGCUUGUUCAGCUGGAAAGUUUUAUUGCAGAAACCUAGGAAGCAAGCCACAGUUUAUAGUUUCUUCCCAUGUUAAUGAUCGGUUUUGCGAUUGUUGUGACGGGAGUGAUGAAUAUGAUGGAAUCGUUCGUUGUCCCAAUACGUGUGUCAUGGGUGGAAACACAGAGAACAUGUAUGGAAAUUAUGAUUCAAAGGUAAGCAAUCUGGAUGUUUUUGCUGAAAAAGAAACAGAAGAUGGAGUGAAGUCAGAGGAAUCAGCUCAUAGCCUUAAUGGUUUGAAGCUGGCGGUUAUUCUACAAGUGGUUCUAGUUGCUUUUCUGGUAAUUCUAUGGAGUUUCCGUUGCCACACCAGAUAUAGGAGGAGGCGUUCCCGCUGAAUUGAAAGAGACCUUGGUGUUUACAUGAUUUUGAAAUGUGGUUUCAUGCUUGUUAUGGUACCAACUCCAGAACUAUAUUAAACUAUUAGUAAUGGUGAUUGGAUAAAACACACACUGCAUAUUUUCUUCUUCACUCCCACCCUUUUUUGAACCAUUGUACUUCAGUUGUCCAUUAUCUUCACUACAAAACCUUGAGCGCUGUUAGAGUUCAAGCAGAAAUAACAAACUAUGUGAAAAUCCCCAACUUUGUCAAUUAUUUGUAGUUCUGCAAAAUAUCAAAUCCCUCUUCUUCAUCCUCUCCGUAAUCCAAGAGAGAAAAUUAUUGGUGAAAUGCUGCAGUAAUUAAUACCUCUCAAACCUCACUGUAAGCCCCAGCGAGCCUAUUCCUACAUAAUUUCUUAUAUCCUCCAAAGGUCUCAUCCCCUCUCUAUUGCUCUUGUUAUCCUACAACAUACUCUAUGUAUGCUUGGUUGUUGCCGAAACACUUGGCCCCGUUCUAUAUUUACUGUUUUGCCUAAGAUGCAAACUAUUGGAUAUCUUGACUGUGGGACUUGUAAUUUUCCUACUAUCAUCUAUGUACCAUCGAUCAACUGUUGGAAUGAGUCAUGGACGGAACGGGUAGAGGAGGAUGUGUUCCUGAUUUUGAGCAUUAUACAACAUAGUUUUACGUGAUUCACAAGGAUAUUUUGAGGCACACCAGACUUGAUGAAGCAAAUGGUGAAAUCUGGGGUCGACCCCGGGAUGAUGAACCAUUAUGAAAUUAUUGGCAGAGCUGCGGUCAGAAAGGAAAAUACGGAAAGCUUAACAGUAUUCAUUUCCUAGAGAUAGUAUUUUCUUGUUGGAUUUAAACUAUGUAUGUUACAAUGUGUGACUGAACAGUUGUUGAUUGUUUGACGAGUGUACCAAAUUGCAACAAUAGUAUUGUCAAUUAAGGUUAUUUAUUGUUUUGUUGUUA